ACUCCCACAGUUAGUUACACACUCUGGCGCGGUUCAUACGUGCGGUUUUGUGCCGCGGACGAUAUUUAGUAAAUUGAACGAACUGUGUCUACGUUACAUACAUACAAUAGUUUUGGUUUUAAUAACCACAAAUGCGAUGUGUUUGACGUGGGUUCUGUGAAAUAAAAAAUAUUUAAAAAGACUGAAUACCAUGUGGAAAAAAAUAGCUAAUGUCUAAUAUGCAUUUAAAAAUUUAUGCCCAUACUGUUAAGAAAAAAAAGUAUUUGUUACUUCAGUGGACAUCGUUAAUAAGUUUUAUUUGCCUUGUUCAACCUUCAUUUUCAACGGACGAUGCAGUCAGAGCUACCCUCUCUCAUCGCAAGGCCCCUUUGGCAGACUUUAGCCAUCAGUUAUAUAAUGUUACAAUACCAGAAAACAGUCUUGGAAAAACAUACGCUAAAGGAGUAUUACACGAGGACUUGGCCGGGAUUAUAAUAGAUUCAAAGUACGAUGUUAAAUAUAGGAUAAUAAGUGGCGAUAAGGAUAAACUUUUUAAAGCUGAAGAAAGACUUGUUGGGAACUUUGCCUUCUUAACUAUUCGAACGCGAACGAGUAAUGUCGUUUUAAAUAGAGAAAAAACUGAGGAAUAUAAUCUAAAAGUUCGCGCGCAUAUUACUUAUUCCUAUGGUAAAAAUAAUUCAAUCUAUGAAACUGAGACGACGAUUCAUGUAAAAGUACUAGAUCGAAAUGACCUAAGUCCAUUAUUUUAUCCAACUGAAUAUGCGGUAACCGUUCCUGAGGACACUCCAAAACAUGACAGUAUUUUAAAAGUUCUUGCUGAUGAUGCUGACCUUGGAAUCAAUGGUGAAAUCUAUUAUAGUUUUUUAAUAGACAGCGAAAGUUUCGCUAUUCACCCAACUACCGGAGAUAUAACCAUUCUACGACAGCUUAACUACGCAGAGAAUUCACACUAUGAGCUUACUGUGUUAGCCAAGGACAGGGGUGCGGCUAUAAACCAACAAUCUCAUCAGGCCAGCAAAGCGAAAGUUUUAAUAACUGUAAAACAGGUCAAUCUAAACGCUCCUGAAAUUUAUGUUAAAACAUUUUCGAGUGUGAUUCCGAAUCCAAAUUCUCUUAUCUACGGUAUAGUAAAGGUACAUGAUAAAGAUAUUGGAAAAAAUGGGGAGAUAAAAAAGUUGGAAAUACUAGAUGGAAAUCCAGACGGUACAUUUCAAUUAAUUCCUGCGGUUACUAAACAUGAAUAUUAUAUUGAACUAAAUAGAUUCGCAAAGUUAAAUGAACAAAUUUUCACCUAUAACUUAACACUACGAGCUGAAGAUUUUGGGAGACCACCCAGAUCUACAUUUAAAACUGUUACGAUACAAAUACUUCCGGAAAUAAAAAAUGUUCCGAUAUUUACACAAGAAAUAUACGAAGUUUCUAUUCCGGAAACUGCUCCGAUUAACAUGCCAGUUAUUAGACUUAAGGUUAGCGACCCUAAUUUAGGAAAAUUUGCUUUGGUGUAUUUGGAAGUUGUAGGAGGCAAUGAAGGAGGAGAGUUCCGAAUAAAUCCAGAUUCAGGAAUGCUAUAUACACAAAAGCGACUUGAUGCUGAAACAAAAUCGAGUUACAUAUUAACUGUAUCUGCCAUUGAUCAAGCGGAUGUUGGAUCCCGGAAACAAUCAUCUGCCAAAGUAAAAAUUACUAUCGACGAUAUGAAUGAUAAUGAUCCAAUUUUUGAAAACAUUAAUAGCAUUAUAGAAAUAAAUGAAAAUGAAUUAGCCGGUUCAUUUGUUGUAAAGCUCACAGCGAAAGACAAGGAUUCCGGGGAAAAUGCAUACAUAUCCUAUAGUAUAGCAAAUCUUAAUGAAGUUCCAUUUGAAAUUGACCACUUUUCUGGAAUUAUUAAGACAACCAACCUAAUUGAUUAUGAAACAAUGCAAAGAAACUAUACACUGCUUGUGCGUGCAUCAGAUUGGGGAUUACCAUACAGAAGGCAAACAGAAAUUUCCUUAGAUAUUAUUGUAAGGAAUAUCAAUGAUAACAGGCCACAAUUUGAGCGUAUUAAUUGUUAUGGGAAAGUAAUAAAAUCGGCGCCGAUUGGCUCUGAAGUAUUUACAAUUUCUGCAGUUGAUCUUGAUGUGGGGGAUGUCAUAUCAUAUCGUUCAAUAUCUGGAAAUGAAGAUGGUUGCUUUAACUUAGAUUCAAUCACAGGAACUAUAUCAAUCGGCUGCAAUUUAAUGGAUGUUGCUGUAAAUGAUAGAGUGCUACGAGUAUCUGCCACAGAUGGCAGUCAUUUCUCCGAUGAGUUGAGUAUCAAUGUACAUCUUGAUGUUGAUUACGCAAGGGACCACAGCAAUAUACUGCACGGCUACGGAACGUUUGAGUGUCGAGAAACAGGUGUAGCAAGAAGACUUGCAGAAACAUUAGCAUUGGCCGAGAAAAACAAUAUGAGGAAUGUGUCAUUUUUUGAAGUUAACGAUUUGGCACUUACACCCAGUCGAUAUGGCCAAAACAUUCAUAGACCUGAAUUUAUAAAUUUUCCUCAAGAACUUACCUUAAAUGAAAGUAUUCAAUUAGGUACAACGGUGGCUGUGAUCGAGGCCAGAGACCGAGAUCUGGGAUAUAAUGGAAAACUCGUGUUUGCAAUUGCAGAUGGUGAUUACGAUUCGGUGUUUCGCAUUGACCCUGACAGUGGGGAACUACAGAUUAUUGGCUACCUGGAUAGAGAACGGCUAAGUGAAUAUAUUUUAAACCUUACAGUUUAUGAUCUAGGUCAGCCGACAAAAUCGGACUCAAAAAUACUUCCCAUAACAAUAAUAGAUGCAAACGAUAAUGCCCCUGUCUUACAAAAAUCGUUAGCUACAGUGCAACUUGCAGAAGAUGCACCAAAAGGAACUAUCGUAUAUUGUGUACAUGCAACAGACGCUGACUUGGGAAUCAAUUCCGAAAUUAUUUAUACCCUAUCUGUCGAAUUCAAGGAAUUUGUUAUUAACAAAACUAGUGGAUGCAUUGUUCUAAAUGAAUUAUUAGAUAGAGAGCAGACAGAUAAAUAUGAACUACAUAUUAUUGCAAAAAAUUAUGGGUAUCCUGUAUUAUCAGCAGAAGCAGUGGUAUAUGUCUUAGUUAAUGAUGUCAAUGACAAUGCACCAAUAUUCGGAGUACAAGAGUAUAUUUUCAAAAUUCGCGAAGACAUACCUAGAGGGACUGUGGUUGCUGUUAUUGAAGCCUUUGACAAGGAUAUGGGGAGAAAUGCAGAGAUACUAUUCUCACUGAAAGAGGAUGCACAGGAGCAGAAUCUUUUUAAAAUUGAUAAGCACACUGGUGCUAUACGCACAGACGGAUAUUUAAAUUAUGAAAAUCGUCAAGUACAUAACCUUGUUGUGAGCGCAAUAGACUGUGGAGUCCCAUCAUUAACGGUUGACAUGCCCGUCGUAUUUGAAAUAAUUGAUGUAAAUGAAAACCGAUAUGCUCCAGAGUUUGAAGACUUUGUUUAUGAGGGAAAAAUAAAGGAAAAUAUGCCAAAGGGUACUUUAGUCAUGAAUGUUACCGCUCGGGACAUGGACCCAAUGGAUCUUAAUUCUAAAAUUUCAUAUUCAAUCACUGGUGGUGAUGGACUUGGCAUUUUUUCUGUAAAUAAUCAAGGAUCAAUUCAUUCUUUAACACAACUGGAUGCGGAAACCAAAAGUUUUUACUGGCUGACACUAUGUGCUCAGGAUAAUGCUAUCGUGCCUCUUAGUAAUUGUGUUAAGGUUUAUAUCAGUAUUGAAAAUGAAAAUGAUAACAUUCCAUUGACAACCAAGCCAGUCUAUUACGUAAAUGUAACAGAAGGUAGCUCUGGAAAAAAUGAAAUUAUUCAACUCAAAGCAACAGAUCCCGACAUGGAUCCAUCACAAAAAAUUACUUACAGUAUUACUUCUGGAAAUCUUAUUGGAUAUUUCGACAUAGAUCCGCACACAGGAGUGCUUAGAACGACAGAACGAAAACUUGACAGAGAGAAUCAAGCCGAACAUAUUUUAGAGAUAUCUAUAUCAGACAACGGAUCUCCUGUAUUGACAUCUACUACACGCGUGGUGGUAUCAGUUUUAGACAUUAACGAUAAUAGCCCAGUGUUUGAUCAACGUGUUUAUAAAGUACAAGUUCCAUCGACGACACAUAUAAACGAAUCUAUAUUUCAAGUUCACGCAAUUGACAACGAUGACGGGGAAAACAGUCGAAUAACAUAUUCAAUAAAGUCUGGAAAGAAGAAAAAUAAGUUUCGUAUUGAUAGCUUUAGCGGGCAUAUAUUUUUUACAAAGACGUUCGAGGCAGACUCUGAAUUUGAAAUUAAUGUUAAAGCUGAAGAUAGUGGGACCCCUAAAAAGAGUCAAACUGCAUUAGUAAAUAUACUGGUCCUUCCUAUAUCAUCAAAUUCACCGAACUCUCCUACAAUCGCGAAGAAGUCAAUAAAUAAUAUUGUAGAUCUGACGGAAAAUGAUAAACCUGGAUUUUUGGUGACACAAAUUCAGGCAAUUGAUGAAGAUAAUGACCAGCUAUGGUUUAAUAUCAGUGGAGGAAAUGAAGGAAAUCACUUUUACAUUGGAAGAGAUACUGGAAAUGUACUGCUGUCAAAGUAUUUGGAUUAUGAAACACAAACUUCUUACAAUCUAUCAAUUAGUGUAACUGAUGGCUCAAAUAUAGCACAUACGUGGCUGUAUAUUCAAGUUGUUGAUACGAACGACAAUGCACCACAAUUUACUAAAGAGAUAUACCAUGUUAAUAUAUCUGAAAAUAUUGAAGAAGAAUCUGUUAUUAUGCAACUACAUGCAACUGACAGAGAUGAGGACAAGAAAUUAUUCUAUCAACUACAUGCUACACAAGAUCCAUCAUCUCUAACUUUAUUUCGUAUCGAUUCCAUAAGUGGCAAUGUUAUAGUCACCCAGAAACUUGAUUUUGAAAAAACAUCUCAACACAUACUAAUUGCGUUCGUAAAGGAUCAAGGAACACCAGGGAAGAGGAAUUACGCAAAGAUAAUAGUAAAUGUGCAUGAUCAUAAUGAUCAUGCUCCCGAGUUUACAGCAAAAAUUAUUCAAAGUAAAGUUCCCGAGAGCGCUGCAAUUGGCUCCAAAAUUGUUCAAGUAAUGGCUAUUGAUCGAGAUAGUGGCAAAAAUGCUGAAAUUCAGUACUCAAUAAUUACCGGGAACGUAGGAAGUAUGUUUGAAAUUGAUCCAACAUUUGGUAUUAUAUAUUUGGCCGCAUCUUUGGACAUCAAUAAAAUGCAGGAAUAUAUGUUGCAAGUUAAAGCUUUAGACUUUGGACAGCCUCCUUUAUCAUCUCAAGUCCCUGUUCAUAUAAUUAUUACCAUGUCUGAUAACGAUCCUCCUAAGUUUUUUACUGAUAUAAUUUCUCUGGAAAUGUUUGAAAAUUUAAAUAUUGGAUCUUUUGUAACGCAAGUUGAAGCCCGAUCAUCUUCGUCAGUUUUCUUCAAUAUAAUAUCUGGUAACGUCAAUGACAGCUUUCGAAUUAACCCGUCCACAGGUGUUAUUGUUAUUAACGCCAAUGUCGAUUAUGAAAUAAACAAAAUUUUUAAUCUAACUGUGAAAGGAACAAAUAUGGCUUCCCUGUCUUCUUACCAAAACCUAAUAAUCCAUGUUUUAGACAUGAACGACAAUAAUCCAAUAUUCCAGCAAAGUGAAUAUAUGGGAAGCGUUUCGGAGUCCGCUGCUUUGGGGUCAUAUGUACAUAUAAUUGACGAUAAGAAAAAACGUCAUUUAAAACUAAAUGUAUCUGAUGCUGACGUUGGACCAAACGCCAUGUUGCAAUACAAUAUUCUUGAUGACUUGGCGAGAAAAAUGUUUAAAAUUGAUUCUACCACAGGAGCUAUCGAAAUUUUACAUAGUCUAGAUUACGAAAGGAAGACGAAUUAUUCAUUUUGGGUAACGGUUAGUGACAGUGGUAAACCAAACUUAUAUUCCGUUACAAAAGCUCACGUUGUUAUUCUUGUAAAUAAUGUGAAUGACUGUCCCCCGGUAUUCAAAGAUCGAGAUCUGAAUGUCACUUUGUUUCUACCAACUUUUGAAAAUGUAUUUGUGGCCCGUAUUGCUGCACAUGACGCCGACAACGAUGUUAUUCGUUAUGACAUUGUUGAUGGAAACAACCAAGAAUGUUUUCAAAUACAUCCAAUUACAGGAUUAAUAACAACAAGGAAUGACGAAUUUAAAAGUAAUGAAUACUUUUUACAUGUCCGUGCCUCUGAUGGACUGUAUUCUACCAUUCUCCUCAUAAAUAUUAAAAUUGAGGCAAUAGCUAAUUCAAAUUUCGUAUUUCAAAAGAAAAUAUACGAGUUUUCGACAUUUGAAAAUACAACAAAAAUUGCGACAAUAGGAUUAAUUAAUGUCAUUGGAAAUACAUUGGCUGAAAAUGUGGAAUACAUUAUACUUAAUCCAACAGAAAUGUUUGAAAUCGGAAUUUCAUCUGGAGCUAUAAAAACGACUGGACUAAUGUUUGACCGAGAAGUUCAAGACAUAUAUAAGAUCUUCGUUGAAGCAAAAUCAACAAUAUAUGAUAAGGGUAGUACGAGUAUUCGCAGAGCAAUCACUUCAGUUUUUAUCUCUAUAUUAGACAUAAACGAUAACUGCCCUAUGUUCGUCAACAUGCCAUAUUAUGCUUCAGUAUCUGUUGGCUUUACAAAGGGAACAAUCAUAAUGAAGGUAAAAGCUAUUGAUCUGGACAGUUCUGAAAAUGGCGAAGUUCGUUAUGAGCUAAAAAAGGGAAAUGGUGAACUUUUUAAAAUUGAUAGAAAAACUGGAGAGUUGUCAAUUAAACAAAUUAUUGAAGGCCAUAACCGAAAAUACGACUUAAUAGUUGCAGCCUGCGAUGGUGCUGUAAUUUCAUGCUGUACAGAAGUUCCGGUUCAAAUAAAGGUUAUUGACCGUUCUAUGCCAAUAUUUGAAAAACAAUUUUAUUCGGUGAGCGUGAAAGAAGACGUUGAAAUGUAUAAUACUCUAUUUGUAUCGAUCCAAGCUGAGAGCCCGUUAAAACGUAAGCUAAUUUACACAAUAUCUGCUGAUGGUUCCGAACAAUUCUUUGAAAUUGAUUAUAGAACAGGAUCGUUGUAUGUGGUCAAUGAGCUUGAUUAUGAGGAUAAAAAUAUACAUGAGAUAUCUAUUCGAGCCACUGAUAGUAUUUCUGGAAUUUACGCAGAUGUCUUAGUAUCCAUAACAGUGAUUGAUGUAAAUGAUUGUUAUCCUGAUAUCGAAAACGACUAUUAUAAUAUUACUUUACCGGAAAAUAUUCCAUUUGGAUCACAAAUACUAAAAAUAAACGCAACUGAUAAGGAUUCCGGUGCAAAUGGAAAACUAUCAUAUUUUAUCGAAUCGAUUGAUGGUCGAAAUAAUUCCGAUACUUUUUACAUUGAUGUUAGUGAAGGAUAUUUGUACUUGAAAACUUCGUUGGAUUAUGAACUUAAAAACCAUCAUCACGUUGUUGUGCACGUUAAAGAUCAUGGCUCUCCACAAUUAUCUUCAAAAUGCAAUGUUUUUAUUACAGUUAAAGAUCUCAAUGAUAACUCUCCGAAAUUUAUCGAGCCUUCGUUCAAUACGAAGUUGUCAGUAGCAGCGACACGCGGUCAAUUUGUUGCAUUGCCAAGAGCGUUUGAUAAUGAUAUAUCUGACAUAAAUUUUCUGCGAUACAAAAUUGUCGACGGUAACGAAUUACAAACGUACAGCAUUGAUAAACAAAGCGGAAUAAUUUAUCUUCAAAACAUGUUAAAUUUCACUGAUAAACCAAACACGAUUUUAAAUAUUUCAAUUUCCGAUGGAGUUCACACAAGUUUUGCUCGAUUAAAAAUUACUUUAGUUCCUGAAAACAUCCAUAGCCCGCAGUUUGAGGAACUGAUGUAUGAAGCAAAAAUUUCGGAAAAUCUGCCGCAUGGACAUAAAAUAAUUACGGUUAAAGCAAUUGAUAAUGAUUUUGGUCAAUACGCUAAUGUUUAUUAUGAAAUUGCGUCUGAGGAAAUGAAGAAGUAUUUCGAUAUAAACCGUAAUACUGGUGUGAUUACAUCAAAAGUUACAUUUGACCGAGAAAUUAAAGAUGAGUACGUCGUACAGUUAAAGGCAAUUGAUGGUGGAUAUAAAUUUGGCUUUGCUACACUAAGAGUUUUCAUUGAAGACGUAAAUGACAAUAGCCCACAAUUCUUCUUGAAAGAAUAUAAACUUGUUAUAAGUUCUUCAAUAAAGCCUACUGAUACUAUAUUAGAAAUAAAAGCUAUGGAUAAAGAUUUGGACAUCAAUAGCACUGUAAAAUAUACCAUUAUUCCCAGCUCAAUGAAAACAAUGUUGGACAACAAAAUUCAUUUGAAUGAAAGUAAUGGAAAUAUAGUUAUUAUUAGUGAGCCGGAAAAACUUGACAAAGGCGUCUUACAAUUUUUCAUUCGAGCUUAUGACUGUGGAGUGCCAUCUUUGCAUAAUGACAUUCCGGUUUCUCUCGAAAUAGUCAACUCGGAUGUGAUAAUUCCUACUUUUGAAAAAAAACACGUCAAUCUUAAAAUAGUAGAAUCUACAUCGCCAGGAACUGUGUUGACUAAAUUUCAUGUUUAUGGAAAUUAUUCUUUAAAAUUUUCGACUUCAGAAGAAAGCUCAAUUUUUGCAGUAUCGGAAAAUGGAGAAUUGAUUCUAAUGCAAACAUUGGAUAGAGAGCAAAAUGAAACUCAUUAUCUAGUAAUCGUAGCCGAAACCGCAACGUUACCAGUUCUAUUUGCAUAUGCUGAUGUUAAUAUACAUGUUACCGAUGAAAAUGACAAUUAUCCUAAAUUUGAUACUGUAAUUUAUAAUGUCGAAGUCGCGGAGAAUACCGACAAAGUUGCUUCAAUACUAAAAGUAACGGCAACUGAUGCAGAUAGUGGAUCAAAUGGUGAUGUUCGAUACUACAUUGACGAUGAAUCAAAUAGUAUACGAAACGUUUUUGACAUCGACGUUUAUACAGGAAUGAUCACUCUAUUAUCUUCCUUGGAUAGAGAAAUACAAUCAGAGUUUAACCUUAAAGUCAUUGCCACUGAUAACGGCCACCCAAAACACGAUUCAAAGGUACCAGUAUCCAUUAAGAUUAUUGACUACAAUGAUAAUGGACCCCAAUUUAAGUUGGCUCAGGACCAUAUAUAUGUUUUAGAAAGUGCGCUUCCGGGAACUGUACUUAAAAAUUUAUUGCUAAUAGAUCCAGAUAGUGAAAAGCAAGUUAUGGAAUAUUAUAUUAUUUCGGGAGAUAAUCAAUCGCAAUUUCAAAUUGGGAAAACAGGAGAGUUGUUUAUAUCAAGACCACUUGAUAGAGAACAAAUAUCAUUUUACAACUUAAGCAUAUUAGCCACAGACGGCAAGUUCACCGCCAAGUCAAAUGUUCAAGUCCACAUAAAGGACGUUAACGAUAAUAUGCCAUACUGUUUAAAGCCCCGUUACUACAUUACAAUAAAUGAAUCAAUAGCGGUCGGAGCGACCAUAGUUAAAGUAAAGGCGUUGGAUUUCGACUCGAGUAAUGAUUUUAAAUUACGUUACUACUUAUCUGGGAGGAGUUCAGACGAUUUUGUUAUUUGCAAAGAAACUGGAGUUUUAAGAGUAGCGAAGCUGCUUGACCGAGAACGAAUUUCGAAAUAUAACAUUUUUGCACAUAUUCAGGAUGGAAAAGAAUUCGUAAGAGAGUGUGUUUCUGAAAUAAUAAUCACUGUGAAUGACAUAAACGAUAAUGCCCCCAUUUUCACUAUGCCCAGUUAUAGAGUAAGCAUACAAGAGGAUGCUCAACUACAAACGUUAGUUACAAAAGUUCAUGCUACUGAUAAGGAUUUUGGCAUAAACCGAAAGAUAAGGUACUCAUUAAUAGGAACAAAUAGUGAUUAUUUUGGAAUCUCGAAAUCAACGGGAAUUAUAAAAUUAGAAAAGAACUUGGACCGCGAAACUAUAUCAUUGUAUAAUUUAACAAUCAUUGCGGAAGAUUUCGGGAAACCAAUAUUGUCAUCAGUUGUAAAUAUUGUCAUAAACAUUUUGGAUAUAAACGACAAUCCUCCUGAAUUUACCUUACGUCAGUACUCAAGUCACAUACAUGAAAAUGUCACACAUGGAUAUGAAGUUUGUAAAGUCACUGCUACAUCAAAAGAUAUUGGUGUUAAUGCUGAAAUAUCAUAUUUUAUUAUAAGUGGCAAUGAACAGCGUAAAUUCAAUAUUAAUUCCAGUACAGGAGUAUUAUGGGUUAACGGAUCAUUGGACUUUGAAAAAACCAAAUUCUAUUUUCUUACUGUUCAAGCUAUUGAUGGAGGCAGCCCGCCGCUUAGCAACAUCGCAAAUGUAAAUAUAUCUAUAGAUGAUGUUAAUGAUAACAAGCCAACGUUUACGCAAAACAUUUUUCGAAGUAGUGUCAAAGAAGAUAGUUUAUUGAAUACUCCAAUAAUAGAUAUUAAAGCCACUGAUGAGGACUCCAACUUGAAUGGGGUCAUAAAAUAUGAUAUUGUGAAAGGUGAUGGCUUAAGGCAAUUUCAAAUAAACAAUAGCAAUGGAUCAAUAAGCCUGGCAAGGUCACUCGAUCGAGAAACUAUUUCAGACUAUGUACUGGAGGUGCAAGCCUGUGAUUUAGGGAUUCCGGUUCAAUGCAAUAGUGUACAAGUCAAUAUUAUUGUUUUGGAUGCAAAUGAUAAUGCACCAGUUUUUUCGCAUGCGAAUUAUAGCGUAGUUUUACAAGAAAGUAGACCAUUGGGAUAUGUUUUUUUGGCCUUCGAUAUAUCCGAUGCUGACGAGGCACCCAAUUCAACACCUUACACAUUUGAUAUACGCUCUGGAAAUGAAGGUGGACUCUUUCGGCUGGAACAAGAUGGAUCACUAAGCACAGCGUCUCGGUUUAAUCACAAAUUGCAAGAUAGAUUCAUAAUACAAAUUCGUGUUUUUGAUAAUGGCACGCCUCCACUCUACGCGGACACAUGGGUUUCAAUAAAAAUAAUUGAGGAAAGCCAAUAUCCUCCAAUUUUAACUCCUUUAGAGAUUAAUGUAAAUUCGUUUGAAGAUGAAUUUACAACUGCGUUUUUGGGUAAAGUUUAUGCUACUGAUCAAGAUCAAUAUGAUGAAUUAACAUUUGCUAAAACUUCAACCAUUGACGAAACUUAUCAAUCUUCAAAACUAUUCAGUAUUAAUGAAAAAACUGGAGAAAUAUUCUCAUCAUCUAACUUGGAUAUUGGCCUUUAUAAAUUAAAUGUAUCAGUCACUGAUGGAAAAUUUACUGUAUACACAACUGUGAAAAUUAAUGUUGAGCUAAUAACAAUGGAAAUGGUCAAAGAAGCAACCGUAAUUAGAUUUAGUAAAAUAUCUGCAGCCGAUUUCUUACUAAGUCAUAGAAAAGGUUUCAUUCGAUCGAUACGUAACGUGAUGAGGUGUCGUCCAAAAGAUGUGAUUUUAAUAUCGUUGCAGGAGGAAGUUCGAAAUUCGUUGGGCAAUAGAGAGCAAUAUUCCACUGAUUUAAAUGUUGUAUUUGCAGUUCACAAGCAACAAAUAAAUCCAAACUCAAAUGCCUUCUUCAGUAGUGAUGAAAUUCGUUUAGCUGUUAUCAGCAAAGAAAUUGAAAUUGAGAACGACUCAAAUUUAAUCAUUGAGGAAAUUUUACCAAGUUAUUGCAAGAGCAAAGAAAACAUUUGUGUCAACGGAAUCUGUAAACAAUUGAUUAGUAUCGAGACAAACAAUAUAACAACUAUUUACACAGAUGUCAUCAGCUUUGCAGCGCCCUCUUAUAGUUUAGUAAAUAAAUGUGUGUGCAAAGCUGGCUUUGAUGGAAAGGACUGCAAUGAAACCGUAAAUGCAUGCUCUUCAGAACCGUGUCCUCCGCAGCGAAACUGCUUGCCAUCAGAAUCUUCAACUAAAUAUCAAUGUGUAUGUCCAAAGGGAUACUCAGGUUCAUUUUGCGAAAUCAAAUCUUCCAGGUGCGAUAAUGAAACCUGCGAUGAUUUUUUAUCAACAGCAGUAUCAUUUGGAGGUAAAAGUUAUGCUCAUUAUAAAAUAAAUAAAGCCAAGGCGAAAACUAUACUGGAAAACCAAUUUGCCUACUCCCUACAAAUCAGAACAGUGCAACAAAGUGGGACACUAUUAUAUGCCAGCGGAAAAGUUGAUUACAAUGUGUUGGAACUUGUAAAUGGAGCUGUAAAAUACAAAUUCGAUUUAGGAUCGGGAGAAGGUGUCGUUAGUGUGUCAAGCAUUUAUAUUUCCGAUGGCGCAUGGCACACUAUUACAUUGGAACGCACUCUGAACAGUGCCAAAUUGAUUGUUGAUAACAAACAUGUUUCCCAGGGUAGUGCUCCUGGAGUAAAUGGCAUAUUAAAUAUUCAGUCAAAUGAUAUAUUCGUCGGAGCUGAAGUUCGGCCGCAUCCAUCAAUUAUUGGCUAUGAAGAUAUUCAACGUGGGUUUAUAGGAUGUAUGGCAAACAUUAAGAUUGCAAUGGAGCCUUUACCUUUAUACAUUUCAGGCGGUAGUACGAUUGCGGCUCUGAAGAGAUUCACAAAUGUUGAGUUUAAGUGUGAUCCUGCAAACGUUCUUGUAAGCUUGGGAGUUUGUGGUACCCAACCAUGUCUCAAUAGUGGAAUUUGCAGAGAUGUUGGAAAUGACAAUUUCAAAUGUAUUUGUCAUGCACGAUUUUCUGGAGAAUUCUGUGAAAUUGAUUUGGAUCCGUGUUCGUCAGCUCCGUGCUUAUUUGGAGGGCGCUGUGAAAAUCAAGCAGUUAAUAAUUUCACAUGUAUUUGUCCAAUACACUUAUCUGGAAGGAGAUGUGAAUAUGGAAAGUUUUGUACUCCGAAUCCUUGCAAGAAUGGCGGAAUAUGUGAAGAAGGUGACGGUGUGUCACAUUGUAUGUGCCGUGGAUUUACAGGACCAAAUUGUGAAAUUGAUGUCAAUGAGUGUGAAAAUCAACCUUGUGGAAAUGGAGCCACUUGUAUUAAUGAAGCUGGUAGUUUUCGUUGCAUAUGUCCGUCAUUUCUUACUGGUGCAAGUUGUGGAGAUCCUCUUUAUUCUAAUUCUAUUUCAACGAAAUUAAAAAACUUUUCAAUGGAGCAUAUAAGUGGAAUAAUAUCGGGCGUAACUAUAGUACUCCUUACAGUCAUCAUAUUGCUGGUCUGUUUAGCUUUCAAGAAAAAUACACCUUCAAAAGUCAGAAAUCGAAACGAAAAAAUCAAAAAUAAGCACUCUCUGAAGCAAGCGAAUCUUAACUCUCUUCUCGACAAGGAUAACCCUUGCAAAUCUAAUGCCAAAAUAAGCAAUUUGGAAAUCAGCCAACGACCAAUAAGCUAUUCGCCUCCAAUAAAUGAUAGCCUAUUUGUUAGUAAUACAACAUUUGUAAAUAAUUUAGAUAUUUUACGAAGUUAUGGCUCCGCUGGUGAUGAGCUCGAAAAUAUACCUUUCGAAUAUCAAAAAGUUAAUCGAACUAAUCAACAUGUUAAUAUAAAUCCAAGCAAUCUAAUCGACGACAACGGACAUAAGCAAGAGUGGUGUGAACAAAUUCAUUUAAAAACGUUUAACGAGAAUAAACUUAAUAAUGAACGCAGAAUAGACUAUGGCUUUCCAAUUAACCGUCUUUCAAAUGGAAAACUUAUUCAAGUUGCAAUGCCUAAAUUGUGUCAUUCUACAUCGAGUGGAAGUUUUGUUGAUUCCCCUGGUAAUGGGCAAUAUCACUGGGAUUGUUCGGAUUGGGUGCGGAAAAGCCACAAUCCUUUACCGGACAUAACUGAAGUUCCUGGUGCAGAAGUCGCAGACUCCUCAAGCUUCCAUAGUAAUGACAGUAAUGAAUCUAAAUCAAAACGGAAAUAUUUAGUUAAUGUAGAAGGUAUCGAUCCAACGAGAGAUAUAGAUGCUCUAAAUGAAGAUAUGUUAUUUGAAUAUGUGGAUUCAGAGAUGGAAAGCUGUGUUCAACCAUUUAUGUUGCCGAAUUUAAAUAAUGAAUCCCGUUCAAGGCUAAGUUCAUUUAAUAAAAGCGAGAAUGAAGACUACAAACUAAAUACAGUGCCUUUCCAAUCUAAAUCAAAUCAUUUGCGCAAAGUAUAUUUGCGACAUCCAGAUUCAUAUUUACCGGCGUUACAUACUCCAAGUGACACGGAGGCGGAAAGCUCCAAUAAUGAGACAGCCAUGCUGAAAAAGGAGUUAUCAAGUAGAAGAGUGAUUAGCGGUAAUUCAGAAGAAAUAUAUCUGUUUCCAUAUGCGGCUGGCAAAUCUGGUUCAGACAGCAAUAUUUCUGUUCGACUUUGCGAAAUUGAAGACUCGGAAUUAGAAGAUUUUCAACCGCUGCAAGGAAAAUAUAGUAGUGAAUGACAUAUUAAUUGUAUAAAAACAUAGAUUUUAACUUUGGCCAUGACUCCAUUUCUUUUUCUACUGAUUUUAUAUGAAAUAAAACUAUACAAGUAUAACUAUAUUUUUAAUAAGAA